AGUCCUCCCAAAAAGUGGUGGCUGGUCCCUGUUAGCUCCACACAACUGUGUCUGCAGGAGCCACUGUGACCUGUCUGCUGACUCCUGAAUACUUCUCAAGAGUCUUGAGAAUGCUCAGAGGCACGUCUCAAGUUUCUGUGCAACACAAUCCUCCUAAGGAGGUUGCCUGCAAAUGGUCUGAAUUCUUAAUUUCUACAGUCAAGUUAAGGAAUCCUCAAACCCAACAGCGGGAAAAGUCGUGAAUCAGUUGAUUUAGCACAAAGCAGUUGGCAGCUCUCCACACGUGAGGGCCAUCGCAGAGCAGCACGGUACACGGAGCUUGGGGAAGGGGGGUGAUGAGUGGCCGCAUCCCCCUGGCAGAGAAAGCCCUAUCUGAAGGCCAUGCCCGCCUCCGGUACAGGGACACCUCCCUGCUCAUCUGGCAACAGCAGCAGCAGAAGUUGGAAUCUGCGCCGCCUGGGACGUACCUGAGCAGGAGUCGCAGCAUGUGGUACUCACAGUAUGGAAACGAGGCCAUCUUAGUCCGGGACAAAAACAAGCUUGAGGUCUCCCGGGAUACGGGCCAGUCAAAGUUCUGCACGAUUAUGUAACUCCAAGGUGAAAACCCGAGGCCAGGCACCAAGCUUUGAGGAAAACGGGUGUGUGUUUCAUCCCGUUGUCCUCUUGAUUCUCAUCCUUACUGGAGAUCCCAAGUAAUGAGCAUGAGGAUCAGGCUGUGCUGCAAGAGCCCAGGAAGCCCAGGGAGGGCUGGCCAGCCCCUCGGCACAGCAAAGGUGUGACUGGUCCACGGGAGACUUCCCUUGUGGAGCCACCCUUAGAGUUGGCUGCAGUGACAUCCAAAUCCUUCAGGUGCAGCCAGACACAGCCCAGGCCUGGGCACUGCUAGAUGCGGUUCUUCUGUUAUGCUUCCAGAUAAAUCAAGCACAGUAUGCCCCCAUUAAAGCCUUGUCAAGUUCUUAUAGGCUGUUUAGUUCUGACUUCUGACUGGUAAAGAAUGGGUCAGAUCUAAGAAUGAGAUGAGAGGAUUGUGGCCACGUCCAGCCUGAGACCCUUCUGCAUGACCAUGGCAGGAGCCGACCAGCGACCAGUGUAGCUAGCGUGGGUGCUCAGCGGCGGGCUCAGCUCUCAGCCGGGCUCUGCUGCAUCUACAACUUGAGUCCGGUUUCCAAGUCACCAUGCGUGACACAUUGUGGUAACUUCCACACCUGCCUCCAAACACAGAGGCUCACAGGCAAGUGGAUCCACAACACAUUUAGGAAACAAAUGUGUUGUCCCACAUGAGCUACCUACACUGAUUUCAAAUUUAAUAACAUGGCUGAAAAAGGCAGGUUCUCCGUUGGAUGGUGGAGGACCUCAGGCCUCUCGACCCCGGGGUGCAGCUCCUACUGCCUGCGGUGUCUGACACACGGCGUUGCUGCUGCGCAGAGGGGCAGGUGUCACGAGCCCUUGCGAAAGCACUUGCUCUCUGCUCCAAAGUCUGCCUGGCUAUGCAAAUG